GAACUGAGAUAAUAAUAAACCAUGGAAGACGGACAGAGACAGAAAAUGGCUGAUCAGAGUUUGCUGGGGCUGAUUUUUCUCUGCUCAUUUCUCAAAGGCACCAGUGGAGAGAUCACAUAUCUCAAUGUGUUCAUCAGUGAUGGUGAGAGCGUCAGUCUGCCCUGUGUCAAUGCUUCAACCGACUGCACAUCAACUACAUGGAUGUAUAACAGAGAAAGGAGUUCAGGGACAGUUGUAUUAUUUAUAGAAGGGAUGAAGAAUAAUGAUAUAGAGAGACAUGAGAGACUGAGUCUGGGGUCUGACUGCUCUCUAAACAUCUAUAAAGCCACAACUGAAGAUCAUGGACUUUACACCUGCAGGCAACAUCUGAAUACAACGAGAUACACUGAUGAUGAUGUUGAUCUGCAUGUUCUUCAUGUCUCUCCAUCAUCCACACAGACUGAGAUUAGACCUGGACGCUCGUUCUCUCUCUCCUGUCAGUUUUCUCUGACUACAACACUCCUCGAUGAAGACGACAACACACAGUGGAGAUGUGAGAUUACUAAAGGAGAUAAAGUCCAGACCUCAGUCAGAUAUACUGUCACGUACUCGGCAGACAACAAGACUUUGUCUGGAUUCUCCCUCAGAGUGAUUCUACUUAUCAUUGAGAUGGCAGUAUUUACUCCUCCUACUGUUAUUCUCCUAUGGAUCGUCUGUGAAAGGAGAGCUGAUAAUAGAAGAAGAGGUCAGGACACCCAGAGGAAUAAUAUUGAAUUAACCACGCUCUCGACAACUGGAAAAAAAUGAAUUUUAUAGAUAGGAAUUUUACAGGCUAAAUUCCUAAAUUUACUUCACUAUAUUACUAUUAAAUCCUAAUCUAGUCAUGACA